AUGUUUUCAACGAGCUCCCAAAGGAAGUUUUGGACAUUCAGCGACGAAGGUGAAUUAGCAAUUUUGCGUGAGAAGCAUAACCUUAACUAUAUUGCAAAACAUGGAACUCAUAUUGAUGAAUAUCAAAGGUACAAUUUCUUUUUAUCUCCUGACGAAGAAAGACUGCUUUUAAAACAAUAUGAAUUACACCUAAAAGAGUUUUGCAAGCGCUUCAGCCCGCCAAUGCCGAAGGGAGUCGUUGGCACGGCAUUUCAUUACUUUAAACGCUUUUAUCUCUACAAUUCCACGAUGGACUAUCAUCCCAAAGAAAUUCUCGCGACAUGUGUAUAUUUGGCGUGUAAAGUGGAAGAAUUCAACGUAUCUAUAGGUCAAUUUGUGGCAAAUAUCAAAGGGGACAGAGAUAAAGCGUCAGAUAUUAUAUUAAACAAUGAAUUACUGCUGAUGCAACAGCUGAACUAUCACUUGACCAUCCACAAUCCAUUCCGACCAGUUGAAGGGUUCCUUAUUGACAUUAAAACAAGAUGUUCAUUAGCAAACCCUGAGCGGCUCAGAGGAGGUAUUGACGAGUUCCUUGAGAAGGUAUUUUUGACAGAUGCUUGUUUGUUGUACGCUCCAUCACAGAUAGCCCUGGCGGCUGUGCUCCAUGCAGCUAGCAAGGAACAGGAGAACUUGGAUAGCUAUGUGACAGACAUGCUGUUUAGGGACGCAGGACAGGACAAGCUAGCAGUACUGAUUGAAGCUGUGAGAAAAAUUAGGUCAUUAGUUAAAAUGGUGGAAAGUCCUGCUCGGGAGAAGGUCAGGCUUAUAGAAAAGAAAUUAGACAGGUGUAGGAACCAAGAGAAUAAUCCUGACAGUGAAAUUUAUAAGAGGAGAAUGAGAGAACUCCUGGAUGAAGAUGAUAUUCCCCACACUGGAUCCAGUAGGAUGUCUUUGGACACUAGUGGGGUGACACAGGUCCUGUCACCUUCUGCAUCAUAG